UGCACCCAGACUUCUUUAACAUAAACAUGUCGACGAGCAAGCAAGGAGAUAUUUUGUGCUUCUUUAUCAACGGGAAAAAGGUAACACAGAAGCAUGCCGACCCUGAGACCAUGCUGCUGUCCUUCCUCAGAGAGAAGAUGAGGUUAACUGGGACAAAGUCUGGCUGUGGCGGCGGAGGCUGCGGGGCGUGCACAGUCAUGGUGUCCCGCUAUCAACCUGCCACUAAAACCAUCAUCCAUUUCUCCGCCAACGCCUGCCUGCUGCCGCUCUGCCAGCUUCACGGAGCCGCCGUCACCACGGUGGAGGGCAUCGGCAGCACCAAGACCAGAAUCCACCCGGUGCAGGAGCGGAUAGCGAAGGCUCACGGCUCUCAGUGUGGCUUCUGCACCCCGGGGAUGGUGAUGGCCAUGUACACCCUGCUGAGGAACAGACCUCAGCCCAGCAUGGAGGACAUCCAGGAGGCUCUGGCAGGAAAUCUGUGUCGCUGCACCGGUUAUCGACCGAUCGUGGACGGCUGCAGGACAUUCUGUCAGGAGGAAACAAGCUGCUGCAAAGUCAACGGGAACGGAAACUGCUGCAUGAACGGAGGGAAUCGUACGGAUGAGCCUGAGCAUGAGCCGCCACAGCUGUUCCACAAAGAAGAGUUUCUGCCCCUGGACCCGACGCAGGAUCUGAUCUUCCCUCCGGAGCUGAUCCUGGCGAGCGAGAAAGAAACCCCUCAGACCCUCACCUUCCUCGGGGAGAGGAUGAGCUGGGUGUCCCCCGUCUCUCUGGAGGAGCUGGUCCAGCUGAAGACCAGAAACCCUAAGGCUCCGCUGGUCAUGGGAAACACCAACAUCGGCCCUGAUAUAAAAUUCAAAGGUGUUCUGCAUCCACUCAUCAUCUCUCCAAUCAGAGUGAAGGAGCUGUUUGAGGUCACUCACACUUCAAACGGUGUUUGGGUCGGAGCGGGCUGCACCCUGGCCGAGCUUCGAUCCCUCAUGGAGAAGCUUGUGACGCAGUUUCCAGAGGAGAAAACUGAACUGUUCAGAGCUCUGAUCCAGCAGCUGGGGAACCUGGGGAGCGUGCAGAUCAGGAAUGUUGCUUCCCUCGGGGGUCAGAUCAUCAGUGCGUAUCCAAACUCAGACCUGAACCCAGUUCUGUCUGCUGGGAAAUGCAAAGUGAGCGUCGUAUCAAACGGAGGAAGACGAGAGGUUCCUCUGGAUCAAGACUUCUUUGUGAGCUUCUGUAAAACCGUCCUGAAGCCGGAGGAGAUCAUCGUUUCUGUUUUCAUCCCCUUCACCAGAAAGGGAGAGUUUGUCCGAGUGUUCCGCCAGGCUCCGAGGAAGGAGACUUCCUUUGCCACGGUGACCUCAGGGAUGAGAGUGUUUUUCUGUGAGGGGUCCAGAGUCGUUCAGGACGUCAGUAUUUACUACGGAGGGAUGGGAGCGACGACAGUCAGCGCUGCUAAAACCUGCGCCGCCAUCGCCUCAAGGUCCUGGGACGAUGAGACCCUCACCCGGGCGUACGACGUCCUCCUGGAUGAGUUGGAUCUCCCUCCGUCAGCUCCAGGGGGAAAGGUGGAGUUUCGUCGCUCUUUAUCUCUCAGCUUCCUCUUCAAGUUCAACCUGGAGGUCCUGCAGAAGCUCAGAGAGAUGGAAGUCAUCACAGACGAGCUUCCAUCUAGGAUGCAGAUUCAGCCUUUACCCCGAGAGAUUGGACCCAGCCUGCAGGAGUUCCAGCAUGUCUCCAAGGACCAGAGUGAGCAGGACCCAGUGGGACGUCCCAUCAUGCACCGCUCUGCCAUCAGCCAGGCCACCGGUGAGGCGAUUUACUGCGACGACAUGCCCCCCACAGAUGGAGAGCUCUUCCUGUCUGUGGUCACCAGCGCUCGAGCACACGCCAAAAUCACAGGACUGGAUGUGAGCGAGGCGCUGAAGCUUCCUGGAGUCGUCGACGUCAUCACGGCCAAAGAUAUUCCUGGGAAGAGAGUGCGGUCGUCGUUCGGGUACGAUGAGGAGGUGCUCGCUCAGAGUGAGGUGAGCAUGAGCAUCGCUUUAUUUCUUAUGCCAAUACAUGGACUGAAGUUUUGGCUUUCCACUGACAGUUUGAUUUUCUCUCUGGCGGUUGGUCUGCAGGUGUCGUGCGUCGGUCAGAUGGUGUGUGCGGUGAUCGCUGAUACGAGGGAGCACGCCAAACGAGGAGCUUACGCCGUGAAGAUCAGCUACAAGGACCUGCCUGACCCUGUUUUCACCACAGAGGAGGCCGUGGAGAAGUCGUCGUUCUUUGAGCCUCAGAGGACACUGGAGAGAGGAAACGUCACUGAAGCUUUUAAAACUGUCGAUCAAACUUAUGAAGGAGAGAUUAAAAUGGGGGGGCAGGAACAUUUCUACAUGGAGACGCAGAGCAUGCUGGUCGUCCCGGUCGGAGAGGAGACGGAGUUCAACCUUUAUGUCUCCACCCAGUGGCCGGCUUUAACACAGGAUGUUGUUGCAGAGACGUUGGGCAUCCCGUCGAACAGAGUCACCUGUCACGUCAAAAGGAUGGGCGGAGCUUUUGGAGGGAAGGUCACCAAAACGUCUAUUCUGGCCGGUAUCACGUCUGUGGCAGCGUGGAAGACCAAUCGAGCCGUGCGCUGUGUGCUGGAGCGAGGAGACGACAUGUUGAUCACCGGAGCGAGACAUCCCGUCCUUGGAAAAUACAAAGUUGGGUUCAUGAAAGACGGGAGGAUCAUGGCUGCAGACUUUCAGUACUACACCAACGCUGGAAACACCGUGGACGAGUCUCUUCUGGUUGUUGAUAAGGUUGUGCUCCACAUGGAUAAUGCCUACAACAUCCCCAACCUGCGAGGCUGCGCCGCCGCCUGCAGGACUAACCUGCCCUCCAACACGGCUUUCAGGGGCUUCGGCGUGCCGCAGAGCCUCCUGGUGGUGGAGAACAUGAUCAACGACGUGGCCUUGGCGCUGGGACGGCCUGCAGACCAGAUUCGAGAGCUCAACAUGUACAAGGGGCCGUCAGUGACUCCCUACAAGUUUGAGUUCAGCCCAGAGAACAUGCUGCGCUGCUGGGAGGAGUGCAAGAUGAAGGCCGAGUUCAACGCUCGCCGCGGAGCCGCCGACCAGUUCAACCUGCAGAACCGCUGGAAGAAGAGAGGCAUGUCCAUCAUCCCCAUCAAAUACGGGAUUGCUUUCGCAGAGAGCUUCUUGAACCAGGCUGCAGCUCUGGUCCACAUCUACAAAGACGGCUCUGUUCUGGUCACUCAUGGAGGGACAGAGAUGGGUCAGGGGAUCCACACCAAAAUGCAGCAGGUGGCGAGUCGGGAGCUCCACAUCCCGCCCUCGAAGAUCUACAUCAGUGAAACCAGCACCAACACGGUCCCCAACACCUGCCCGUCUGCCGCCUCCUUCGGCACUGACGCCAAUGGCAUGGCUGUCAAGGACGCCUGCCAGAUGCUGUACCAGAGACUGAAGCCCAUGAGGGAGAAGAACCCCAAAGGAUCAUGGGAGAAAUGGGUGAACGCUGCAUUCUUUGAGAAGAUCAGUUUAUCUGCGACUGGAUUCUACAGGGGUCUAGACCUCUACAUGGACUGGGAGAAAAUGGAGGGUCAGCCUUACGCGUACUUCACAUACGGGGCGUGUUGCUCUGAGGUGGAGCUGGACUGCCUCACUGGAGACUACAGGACGGUGAGGACGGACAUAAUGGUGGACAUUGGUAGAAGUGUGAACCCCUCGGUGGACAUCGGACAGAUUGAAGGAGCGUUCCUGCAGGGUUUGGGUCUCUACACGAUGGAGGAGUUGAAGUUUUCCCCCUCCGGGCUCCUCUACACUCGAGGUCCGUCUCAGUACAAGAUCCCCGCCAUGUGUGACGUGCCGCUCUGCUUCAACGUCUACCUGCUGUCAGACAGCGACAACCCACACGCCAUCUACUCCUCCAAGGGGAUCGGAGAGCCAACACUCUUCCUCGGGAGUUCAGUCUUCUUCGCCAUCAAAGACGCCGUGGCUGCAGCACGCUCAGAGUCCGGGUUGGCCGGCCCAUUUACUCUGAACAGCCCCGCCACGCCAGAGCGGGCCUGUCUCGCCUGUGCAUCCCCGCUCACUCAGAAGGUUCCAGCAUCCAAACCGGGAUCGUUCAAACCGUGGGCCUUAGACAUCUGAAAUUGAUUUUCUAUUCCAUCAAACUGAAGCUGACUGUAAAGUAAAAGUGUUUCUAACAAAGACAGCAAAUAAAAACAGACGUUUUAUUGACAA